CUUUAUUUUAGAUCUUUCUAAAUAUAGUAAUAAGAAAUUUUUUCAAGAUGCUAAUCAAAUAUUUACGCAAUUACCAAUUGAUGCAUGCAAAUCGAAUCAACUACUAUUAGAGGCUAUUAUAGAAGGUGGUGCACCUCUUUUAUUUGUAGAAGCAUGCAAAUUUCAAGAAUUUGUUUAUUCUAUAAAUCAUUGGUAUCAUGUUCUAGUGAGAAAGCAGCUCUCUAAUAGUGUUCUUGAUAAUGUUUAUGAAAAUGUUCAAGCCUCAAUUCAACAAUUUAUUUGUAAAUCAAACUGGAUUACUAUUACAACAGAUGGAUAG